AUGGAGAACCUCGAGGAGCGCCUCAAGAGUCUGGAGGAACUCAUCAAGAUGUCGGUCGCGGCGAGGCUCCCAGAGAACGGUCACGCUGAACGAGUGGACGUUCUGACCCCGUCAUCGCUACCGUCGACCACCUCCCCGACUGAACAAACCUCAUACGUGGCAGAUACGCUCCUGGCAGAAGUAGCAGGCAGCAGCACCCAGCAGUCACCGGGCCAGUCACUGCUACAAGCGCUUGGCUCCAUCCAACCGCGAAGGAUGACAGCCGACGUUACACAAUCACUUGGCGGUGAAAUGGACCUUUUGGGGACUGAUGUGACUCAGGCAUGGAGCCCAAACUCCGACUCACAAUUUGCCAUGCCAGCCCCGGCUCUUGCUACGACUGAUGAGGAGCUUCGCCCUCAAGUCCGUUAUAAUGGGGCGAAGAAAUGCUCGCUGCCGCCGGUGCAAGGCGGCCUCUUCCUCCUGCAGGAAUUCCUGGUGGAUUUUAACACAGCACUCCCACUCUUCGACCCCGCGGUGAUCACAUCCCUCUUUCAGGACUGUUACAACGGAAGAGCCAACGGCAAGCCGAUCGAGUGGGUGGCACUCAAGGUCGUUCUUGGAAUCGCACACCGCCUCCGUGCAAUGAGUCCACUGGGGGUCCCGCAAGAUACGGAGAAUGCCGAAAUCUAUCUGCAGGAAUCGCUCGACACGGUGCCAGAAUUACUGGUACUCCGGCCCUCGUUGCUUCUGGCUCAAUGUUUUCUUGGCUUAGCCGUGGUGAUAUCGACAUCCUCACGGCCAUUUCCAGCCCAGACAUUUGUCUCCCUCGCCCUACGGGUUGUCCAGGAUCUUCGGGUCAACGAUCCCAAGGGGACUGAACCAAUCAAUGCGGUCGAUCGAACCCAGCAAGAGCGCGUUUUCUGGGUCGCCUAUUUUAUGGAAGUAGACAUGAAUAUGAGGGCGGGCAGACUGCCCAACCUGCCACCGAGAUUGAUCAAUGUUGAAAUACCAAGGGACGGCGAGCCAGAUGCCGCAGGGGAAAUCACCGCCGCCAAUGGCGAAUUCAAGGUCAAUAUUCUCCGACUUCACGUGGAGCUUGCUUUGAUCCAGGCCGAAUUUGGAGAGCAACUUGCAUUGCUGCAUACCGCGCAGAACUCGGAUCCUGCAGGCGAUGCCGAGCUGCGCUCAAUCAAUUCGCGGCUGGAGGAGUGGCGACGUAACUGGAUCUUCGAGCUUGACGCCGAGCACCUACGUGCGGCUCUGCAUCGAUCGGAUCUAGUCCACGUUGUCAUCCUCGAGUCGACUUAUUUUUCGACUACAUACGCCUUCUGGGCCCGUAUGUUACCGGGGCCUCGAGCAAGUAACAAUGCGUUCUCCGCCCAAGGACUAAUCGAGGGAAUGACGAAACAAAAGGCGCAAAUUUUGCACAAAGACGCCCGGAGAUUCAUCAACCUGCUGAGGUUGAUCCCGGGCGACGAUAUUGCUUGCAACUGGCUGUCGCUGGAAUCUAUCGUCUCAGCCAUGGUGGUUGUCCUCGCCCAUAUCAUUUUCAACCCCCUCGAUGAGAGUUCGGUAUCAGACUUCAGCGUCUCGAGAUAUAUGUUACAAAUCCUGCAUCGUUUGAGCAACAUCAGCAAAGAUGACGGACUGGUUGCCAUUCAGAAUCUUUGUGGGAAGCAUGUAACCACCGCCUGCCUUGGCUGUCGCAAACGCAAGAUCAAGUGCGACGGUAUCAGUCCGCGCUGCUCAAACUGCGUGCUCUACGCCCAGGAGUGUGUCUUCCAGCAUGGCGUGGAUAAACGGAAGAUCGCUCCCAAGGAGAGAUUACAAGCCCUGACGAGCUACUGCCAUCAACUCGAGUCGCUACUCGUUACGCAUGGCAUCGAUGUGCCGCCUCCACCGCCGCUCCAUGUUCAAAACAUUCCAGCGAACAGUCAGACCGCAUCAUCAUGGCCUGUCGAUGCUUCUCCACCCCAAAGCAUUCCCCCGGGCAUCGAUCAGUCUGAUUUCGGCGUCUCUGAAUGGCUUGGCGCAGACGGCCCCCCGGGUCAAGAUGCUUUAGUCAUGCCGGGAAAGUCUCUCGAGGAUGGUUACUUGUAUUCCGCUCCGGAUGUGCCUCAGAUCGAGGAUUCGAAUGCCGACCUCAAAACACCCGUUCCUAGUCACAGUGAAGACGUUCUGCUAGAUCAACUGUCCGGCAGGAUGGGCUCGUUGCAGAUUGCCGAGGAUGGCCAAUUGCGAUUUUACGGGGCGACGUCCAACCUACACAUCCUCCAUAAUGGACCCUUGUCUUUGUCUCGGUCAAAAUUCCGCUCGCCCUCUGAACAAGGCGCCGAAUUACUCAACGGAGCGGGUGUUGGUCACCUUGUUGAUGAAAGCCUUGAAGACCACCUCUUGCGACUGUACUUCACGUGGGAGGAGCCUUCGAUACAUGUGGUGGAUGAGUCCGUGUAUUGGCGCGAGCGAAUGAUUUGUAAAGCCACAGGUCAAGUCAGCACCUUGUACUCGGAGGUGUUGACCAACGCGAUGUGUUCUGUUGGUGCGACCCUCACCACCAGGACUUACCCUCACUUGCCUGACCCGCUGUCGGACUUUUUUGCCACCAGAGCCAAAUUGCUUCUGGAGCUUGAAAUGGACGCGCCCACGCUAUCGACAGUUCAAUCCCUGGCCAUCCUUAGCGCCGUCGAGGCGUCUCUGACCAGGGAUGCUCGUGGCUGGUUGGACAGUGGAAUGGCUGUCAGACUCGCGGUUGACUUGGGUCUUCAUCUUGAUCCGGAACCGUACGUUCAGGCGGGCCUAAUCACGCGUGAAGAGGGGAUGAUCCGAAAGGUGGUAUGGAGUGGCGUCUUCGUUCACGACAGGAUGUGGAGUUUGUACGUCGGUAGGCCUGUCGCCCUGGACGACAGGCAUGUAACGGUACAGUUCUCUGCGGAAGAAGCCAACCCAAGUCGCAUCCAAAGGUACUGGUCCCCUUAUGAUGACAGUGAGGCAUUGGAUUUGCCUCGGCUGCCAGACUCAAUUGACGAGCUUGGGGUUUGGAACGUGAAACUAUGUGCACACAUGACCGCUAUCAGGGAGACGCUGUAUCCCGAUGCGAAGACUGGCCCAAUGAACGCCAGGCAGCUGUAUCAAUUUGCGAUCCAAAUGCGUGAUAAUCUAUUGGGUUGGCAAAGGAGUCUCCCGUCCAGCCUCGCCGUCAACAAUCUAGACAAACGAGAUCUAUACCUUCCGCACGUCCUCCAACUCCACAUGCAAUACCAUAGCAUCAUGAUCAUCACAUUCCGCCCGUUCUUUGCCUCCGUCAAGACUCUACCGGGCCUCACCACGGCUGAAAUUGCGACUGGCCGCAACCACUGCACGAACUCGGCCAACUUCAUGGCAAAACUGAUUCAGACCUAUCGUCGCCUGUAUAGUCUCAGAAGAAUCAAUGUUCAGGCUGUCCAUCUCGUCUUUACGGCCACGUUGAUCCACGUUUUCACCGCCUGCGCUGCCACGGAUCCGGUUCGAAGCAAUAGCGCGUGGAAGAACCUAGAGAUUUGCUGUCAAGCAUUGGGCGAAUUAGGUCUCGCCUUUAAAAGCGCCUCAAGAGCCCUCGAGGUCAUCAUGGGCAUCAAGAGUGAUCUCCUCCGGAGGUCAAAGUCGAACGUCAAGCGACAGAAUCCUUGGAGUGACGUGCAUGAGCCUGGACUUGUACCGGCAAAGAAACGGCGGCCCACCAAUGCUGAAAGCGACCUGAUGGCGACACACCAGUCACCUCAAAGCCAAGGUAGCUCUGACGUUGGCCUCAACCUGAGCGAGACCGACCCCGCGUUCAACUUUUUCGAUACCUCGUACGACGACUUUUCCCUCGAGACUCUGUUUUGGAGUGGCUACUCCAACCUCGAACUGCCUCACUACCUCCCUGAAGAGCCAUGA